CCCAUACUUUUGCAUGCACACAAGUAGAGCAGAACAUUCAUUACUGUCUUCGGUUAUUUUUGCUAACUUUAUUGUCAAAAUAUGUUGAAACACACGGUAUUUAGAAGUCUAUUCAGCAGGAAAGUAUACAGCAGACUUAGGAGUGGCAGGUUACUAGCAGUGGUUCAUCCUGCUCGUCAAAUCAGUAACUAUGAAGAUGAAAUUGAAGAUCUCAAAAUACAGCAGAUACCUGAGCAGGUUAUUCCUGAACCCAGUGACUCUAGAGUCCAUGAGAUCAUGAACUUCUUCAUUCAGGGGUAUGAUUGUUCGGCUGUAGAGCACUACGCUCAGUACACCCACAACCUGGCCAAGAACAUGGAUCUUAUGAUAUUUGACAGUUAUGCAAUGCCCACCAAGAGGACUCUGGUACACACAUUACAGACUCCAGGUCUCAAGGAUAAUAUGAAGCCCAGAGACUUCACAAUCAAAACCCAUGAAAGAGUCAUACAGUUACAAGAACUUCAAGGGACGAUAGCACCCAUUUUUCUUGAAUUACUCCAAGUGAAUCUACCAGAAGGAGUUACGCUUAAAGUAGAACCGCACACACAGUACCACAACACGCAGAGAUAUAUACAGAAAGAAAUACCCAAGGAUCUUUUGUGAUCUACAGUCGUCUACAUUAUCAAACACUCUCAGAAAGUAGAUUUUUUCUAACUUCAAGACUGUGCUAGGAACUGUUUUGCGUCUCGAAUCAACUACAGACGUCACCCUUUUGUCAUUUUAUUAGAACACCAAGGAGGUUGCACUUUCUGAACUGCUGAUUUUUAUCAUUAUUAUAUAUUUCCGGUAAUGAAACCAAGGAUGCCUCAUAAGUGACUUAAUCCCUGUUGCUCACAAGCCUGAGGAAACCUGAAAACAAGGAUGCUUGCUAUGUAAACCAGAAACACUGGGGUUAACCCCUGAUCGUUCACAAUAAGUGUCCGGGGUUCAUUUACAUGCCUUUCCAAACCUAGUACCUACAUCUAAAUGUGCCAUCGAAGGACAAAGCAAUUAAGGUUAAGUUUUUUGCUCGAGGACACGAGUGUCAAAACUGGAACUCUAACCCACACUAUGUUGAUCAGAAACACCAGAACUUAAGUCCAGCGCUCUCAGCCGCUCGCUGAUUUAAAGUCUGCUGCACAGUGGAAUGCCUGGUUGGAUAUUCAAGUCGGCUGUUGGCUGCCAGCAUAACAAUGGACCGGUCCGGCCUGUCAAUCAAACUGUGCGCGUUCACCCAUUUAACCAAUCGCAGCAAUGAUUGUGGUCGGACAAACUUG